UACCACUUAAAAUACAUGUACUUUUUUUAUAAAAAAAAAUAAAAAUAAAAAUAAAAAGUCCUUUCUCUUAUAUCCAUUUACUGAUAUUUGUGUUACUACCCUGGCGGAUGGGCUGGAACUUUCUCGUGAGCGAUAAAACCUUCGAAACUUCAAUCCAAGUAUCCAGCCUGAAGCGCGAGCAGAGCAGUAAUAUAGACUGUAGUUUGUCCGUUAUGAGUCGGUAUGAGGCUAUGAGCUGUUAACCAAAACCAAAGUACAUGCGAGAAUCAUGAUUAUGUCAUCCACCUUGCAUGUUACUACUAUAAAAACGCUCCAAGUUUUAAGUAGUUCCGUGUGGAUCAUUGUUAAUUGCUAACAUAUCCUCAGGGAAUUUGAUCGAAUUAUAAGUAUUUGAAUCCUGAUAAACCAAGUUAGCUAACAAAAAAAAGGUCCUUGUUAUAAUGCACUCAAUCAAUCUAGCCAUUUCUGACACCAUCAAGAAGCAUCAAGCAAUUCAGCCAGGGUAUAAGGGUCCAUCCAGUUCAAACUGAACAUGAAGAGAUCAAACGUUAGGUUGGUGAAACACAUGUCGUGUCUGAUGCUGAUGAUAUUUUGGGUGAUUAAUAUAUCUGCAUUUGCUGAUGCGAGAAAAGCAACCUUAUUACAUCCUUACUCAUCGAAAGUAGACGCAAAAGCAGCAGAGCCUCCGUUUUCUUCAAGGUUGAUGCCGAUGUCAUCCAAUGGUGAAAGCUUGAUUUGCAGUGAUGAUGACACGCUGGAAGACUAUGGAGGUUGGGGUCCAUCACCUUAUUUCGGCGGAGGAGAUCCGGGUCCUAUCCCUCAUCCAGCUUAAGCUUCUCACGGCCGCAGAUGGGCUACCGGAAGGAUGCACAAGAGUCAAGAUGCAGUCAUCAGCCUCACUAAUCCAACGUGGUUGAACUUCUACUAGCUUUUUUUUGGUAGUUUAUAAACACUAUUCCUGAGGUCAUGUGUAGUGGUUCUACACUUCUAGCAUUAUCUCUCCACUAUAAUAACAAAACUAUACAAAGCAUAAAUGAUUUCACACCUUCAGUAAUCAGUAUAGUGAUUUCACACUAUUUAAGUUUGUCGAUUUUUUAUUUUUAUCUAACUAAAGAAUCUGCUCUUAACAUCAAAAAAAUAAAAAUUAAAAAUAAAAAAAAAUUAAAAAAUCUGCUCCUUGCUGCAGUAGAGCAGAGUAUGUUUUUACUGACAGCCGAUGCAAAUGCACGUUUAUGCAACGAGACGAAGGGAAAACAAAUUUGUGGGCAAAUAAAAAAACUAAACUGUAUAAAUAGUCCCCUACAUUUGUCCGAAUUUAAAUU